UUGAGCUAGCUAUACUCUACACAUUUAAUUCUCUCUCCCUCUCUCUUUUCUAAGUCACAAAAUAUUGUCUUAGUUUUCAUUUGAAGCUCAAACAUUAACACCAUGGCAGAUGUUCUGAGUGAAGAACAGAUUAGUGAGAUCAAAGAAGCCUUUGGCUUGUUUGACAAAGAUGGAGAUGGGUGCAUUACUGUGGAAGAAUUGGCCACGGUUAUCCGGUCAUUGGAUCAGAACCCCACAGAAGAAGAGCUCCAAGACAUGAUAAACGAGGUAGAUGCAGAUGGUAAUGGAACCAUUGAAUUUGUUGAGUUUUUGAACUUAAUGGCCAAGAAAAUGAAGGAAACUGAUGAAGAGGAAGAUCUCAAAGAGGCUUUCAAGGUGUUUGACAAGGAUCAAAAUGGCUACAUUUCAGCAAGUGAGUUGAGACACGUUAUGAUCAAUCUGGGUGAAAAACUAACUGAUGAGGAGGUGGAGCAGAUGAUUGAAGAAGCAGAUUUGGAUGGUGAUGGUCAAGUUAAUUAUGAUGAAUUUGUCAAGAUGAUGAUGACUAUUGGAUGAAAUUUUCAAACAACAAAUUUAUUGUUCGAAUUCGAUCAUUUGGGCCCCAAUCUCAUUCACUCGCAUGAAAUAAUAAGUCUUCCAAUCAAUUUUUGGUGUAUUUUACUUGUAGCACAUGAUAUGAAUGACCAAUGUAUUAGAGUGACAUCUCAGCCAAUUUGAUUUGUUCAAACUCCAACCCAUAAUUAUUCUUUCAGUUUUAGUUUAGCAUUCCUUAUGUUUUAAAAUUAAUUAGAUGGAAUUUAUUCAAGAACUUCUGAAAUUAGACUCUUUUUUGAAAGAUUAAUGUAUGCUACAAUUUAUUCUUUCUCUUGUGAACA